GUUCGACCGAGCAGAUGGUUGUCGAGGGUGAAGAGAAGGUGUUGCUGUUCCGUAUCGCUUUGCGUUGACCGUGCCGUUUCCGAUCCUGAGGCACGUAAACUCGGUCCGCCGAGUGGCUCUCGAGACGAUUGUUGUUAAAAGACACCGGCACCGGCAUUGUGUAUGUAUAUGUGUAAGUGGCCUCAGCUCGACAAGUUAUUAAAGGAUCCUUCAGCGGACAACCAUUCUAUCGCAGCCGCAAGAAGCCGUGACGGUGACGAUAAGGCGCUCACGCUGGAUGCGAAGGCGUACAGUGAUGCGAUAGCGGCCAUGCCUGGCAUGAGUUGGCCGCGCUUCGGGCGUGGACCAGGCGUGGAAAUUGUGUAUUGUGUUCCGUCGAGCGAAGGGCGUUCGCUGAUGGGCCGGAAGUAGUCACGAGCACGAGGUGUGAAGUUGUGACCGACCGGCAGCGCUUAUCGCGAGCAGGUUAUCGCGCGCGCGCGCACACACAGAUGGACAAGGAAAAAUGAGGUGUGAAAUCGAGGUUGAGCGACGUUUAAUGUCCGCUACGCACGCCAUCCCACUAACCACCAACAGUUGUCGGUCAACCGGCAAGUGACCGGGACCAGUGGCGAACCUGCCUGAAAUAAAUCCUCCCCACAGCCGCUUGUUUUGUGUCCGGCGUGCAUUCCUGGCAUGUGUCUCGGUGUGUGCAGUGAAAGAGUCAUUAGUAGUCGGUGAAUGUAAAUGUGCAGACCAGAAGCAGCAGCAGCAGCAGCAGCAGCAGCAGCAGCAGCAAAAGGAGACGAAAGAAGAAAGGGAACGCAAGUGAUACUAUCAAAGUGGACACUGCUGUGUGCUGUGUUUAGUGUGUACGCGUUCAAGUGUUGAAGCUGCCACCGUAAGUGUAGAGCACCGGGAGUGAUUUCAUUCCUUCAAAAAACAAAAGUUUUGCUGCAGCACUCGGACUUGGAGAGCACGGGAAAGGGGUCCUGUCACCGGAACCGGUUUCGUCGGGCGUGUCCAGCCGGAUGUUGAAGGUGCUUUCGUGCACAGCGUGUCUGUGUAUGUGUGUCUGUCAGCUGGUCCUGAACUAGUCGUUUUGUGGCGUCCGACUGGAACUGGAAGAGUAGCAACUAAAUGGUCCGCAAAAGUGAGCUCGGUGCAGAUUACGCGGUGUACAGUUGAGUGAGCCGGAGUGAGCCUGUCCUCGUUCCUUCCUCCUUCUCCUUGGGGAGCGUUCUCCUUCCUUCGUAGCGCAGACGGUGGCAACCCUCGCCCGAGGGUGCACCGGCGAAGCAGUGAAAAUGUUAUUUGCCCGCGAUAGUAUCAUCCUUUACCUCAUGCAGCUGAUGGCACUGGAAGUAUCGUACAUUGUGCUGGGACUGGAUAGCGUACACAUCAAGGUACCGGUGGCGGUACCGCUAGGGACGAGUGUGACGCUCGUCUGCGAGUGUGACCUGUCGGACGAGGACCUGUACUCGGUCAAGUGGUACAAGGGGAAGCGCGAGUUCUUCCGCUACACCUCCAAGGAGAUACCGUCGAUCAAGAUCUUCCCGAAGGCGGGCAUCAGCGUGAACGUAAAUCUCUCGAACGCAAGCCACCUGGUGCUGGAUGGUAUUGAACCGCAGAGCAGCGGUCGGUACAGCUGCGAAAUCACGGAGGCGGCACCCUCCUUCCACACGCAGAUCGCUUCCCGGACGAUGCACGUCGUCGAUCUGCCGGUGGUCGAUCCGCGGAUACACGACAUGAAGUCGUACUACGGGGCGGACGAGUUCCUCGAGGUACGGUGUACGGCGGGUGCCUCGUUACCGGCGGCCAAACUGACGUGGCUAAUCAACGACCGGCCACUGCUGCUGCCACUUCAGGAGCCGUCGCGGCUCGAAUCACUCACGCUACCGGCGGACGAUGGUCCUGGUAGUAGCAGCAGCAGCAGCACCAAUAGCAGCAGCAGUAGUAGCAAACGGAGCAGCAGCAGCAGCACCAACAUCAGCAGUAAGCAGAAAGCAUCAGUCAAGUCUUCCUCUCAGGUGCCAGCUGCUGUAAGUCACCAGCAUGAGCACGACCAGGAGCGGACGGAGACGGAAGCACACGAGAGUGCACCAACCGCCAGUGCACUAACACAAGAGGGCACGAUGGCCACGGAUGCGGCGCGCAGCAUCAAACCGGGCAGUCGCAUCACGAAUGCGUCGGCCAGCGCUGCCAACGAGAAGUUUGGCAACCGGUACGAGGUGGCCGUGUCUCAGUUGAAGCUGCUGCUCGAACAUGGCCACUUCCAGAUGGGCAAACUGAAGGUGGAGUGCAUCGCGCGUAUCUUCGAUCUGUACGAGCGGUCGGUGGUUGGGCUGGCGGACGAGAACUAUCCCCAGGUGCGGGUCCUCUCCAACAGUGACAACGGUGUGCACUUUUCCUUCAUGAGCGACAAGGACGAAGCCUCUACGUCACGGGCACGUCACUGGCUGCCGUGCUGGCCGUUGGUGGGGAUUCUGGCCGGAUUCGCUCACCUGCUGCUGCUAGCCACCAACUGCUGGACGCCGUGGAAUGCGCGUAUCAGCCUAGAUGCCACUUAGAAACACCCACGGGAAAUCAACAGCGCACAAGCAUGGAGUAGCGUGGAAGGAAAAGUUCCCGGAAAAUAAAACACCACCACCACCAUCAGCAGUACAGUGAACCGGAGUCGAGCUUUUCACCUUCGUAAUAGGAUUCCCAGGUCACUGCAGACGAGUCUAUAGUUCGGGUCUGGAGAAUCACUCUUCGUUAUUGAAAUGAGACACAGGAAAACACGCACCUAGUCGGUGUACUGAGCAAUUUCCCCCCCAAUUUUCCAAUCCAAAUGGUAUUAGAGCAAAGGCAAUCAGAAGUGGUGGACCACCACCACCACCACAACCAUCGAGUGUAUCAGUUUUACACAGUCCGUGCAGUCCGUGUUAUGUGUUUGGCUUGUCCUUUGUUGUUGUUGUUGCGCUUUGUUUGUUGUAAAACAUCACCCUCCCGUCCUGUCCCGUCCCGGACAAUCGAUCGAUGAUUUCACUUCCAAUAAAUUCAUUCCGGGUCGGUUGCAGGGCAGGGGUCGUAAUGUGGCUACAAAUCUCGUUUUUUCCGACAAAUCCGUCUUUCGCAUUCCGACUGCGCCUUUAGCAGACCCGCCAAGGUGGCCCGCCCAAGCACCCUUUCCCCUUCCCCCCCUGGCUGGAGAGUGAAACAUGGCACGUUCAUGUAAAUGUCCGAUUUGUUUUAUGCCAUCAGCGCCAUUGCCGGGGGUCGCCUGCUUUGGUAUUUUAUUACACGCGGCCCUUGUUACUCCUGCCAAGAAGGCAUCGUUUUCCAGUAACCAAGAAAAAGAGAGAGAGAGAGAGAUAGAGAAAGAGAGAGAGAGAAAGGUUUCUUCCUCGAAUCUCACUUUGGCCUUUGUUGCAACAUUCCAACAUUCCGACAUGCGCUCGUCCGUACCAUCCCGUUAAAAAGGAGUUGUAGACGACAGUCUCUCUCUCUUGCGCUCUCUCUUUCAUUUAUCAGCAGUUGCACGAAUCCUGCCCUCCUUUUCCCCCUAACGCCAACAGAUUAUGCUGACAAUAAUAAGUUCGCACGUGCGGCCACGCUAAGGUAUCUUUAGCACAGAAGAAAAGAUUGCGAGCGCGCGAGAUUUCGCUGCGGAAUAAAUCAUAAGAACUCUGGCGUGUUUCCAUGGAUAUCCUGUUGGGCGCUCCCACGCCAGUGCGCCACCCCCACGGCCGCUGAAAUGAUCAACUGUCAGCGAUCAUAAAGAGAAAUCAACAAAUUAGCCUAAAACGAAUGGCAUAAGGUUGAAGUUAAUCGUCGGUAUGUCGAUGAAGAAUGGGCAUGAGAUGAGAAGACACACAAAAUGCAGAGCUAUAUUUAUUGCUAAAGACCACCCUUCAUCAUCCUCUACCGCCCACCUAUCCAUCCCUUCAACAAAAAAAACCACGCCAAUCCGACUCGCGGUGUUAUGCUGUGUAUGUAUAUUAUUAUCCGUGUCUGGUAGAGGUGGUGUUGGGGUAGGAGAUGUGCAAGGCAAGGCAAUCGCACAUGUAAAUCAUGGAUGAACGUUAAGCUUAAGAAAUACCAGAAGACAUAUGGACGCACCGCACAUGGGCGUCAGGCAGGAAUAGAAUUGUAAGCAGACGACGAAGAGAGAAAGAGCGAGAUAUCGAUAUAAGAAGCAAAAUAAUGACAAAUGGUUAUGAGAAGAAGAAGAAGAAGCGGAGAAGUAAAUAGUAAAUAAAGGGAAGAUAAAGGGGAAAUAAAAAGAGAAAGAGAGAAAACAAAAAAUCCUAGCAAAUCAAGAGAGUAAGAGAGUGAGAUAACCAAAUAAGCGAAACGAAACAAAAACAAAAAAAUAGUAAAUCUAAAAUCAUAUAUAGACAGAGCAGCCGAUACAGAACCGAGUGACAGGAGAGAAAAGCAGGAAAGAAAUGAAAGAAGCGAUCAAGAAAGAGAAGAAAGUGAUGCGCGAACGAAUCGGUGGCGAAAGGAAAGGGGUGGUAUUCGAUACCACCAGGAUAUUGGAAGACUAAAUAAAGGCGGCUU